CUCAAUUUCGAACACAUUCACAAACACAGUACAAGUAGAAACUGACAUUAUUCGUUAAUAACAGAGAGAAAUCAUAGAAUCUCUGCCCACUUUCAAAGCUUUGUCGUGCCACGUUCUUCUUCUUCUUCUUCCUCUCCAAACCAAAGACACAAGGCAAACCCAACUUUCAAAGAAAAGCUUUCAAAAUGGACUCAUCGAUGGCUUUAUCUUCUUACUCUUCACGCCUAAAAUGCUCCCUCCCUAAUCCCCCGCCUAUGAUGAUGGUGCCGUCACCUCAGCUCCCAGGUGUGCUUCCUUUAUCCAGCCGCCGUUGUGGCAUAGCUUCCUUUGCGGAGUUCAGAGGAUUGAGGAUGCAAAUGGGUUCAAAAUUGUCAACUUCGUUGGUUUCGAUUAGAACGAGAAGAAAUCCUAAGGUUUUUUCUCGUAUUGUGUCUGAAGCUCAUGAGACUUUUGUUGAUAUUCCUGCAGUGACGGAUGAAACAUGGCAGUCGCUCAUCAUCGAGGCUGAUGGACCCGUGCUGGUUGAGUUCUGGGCUCCGUGGUGUGGACCCUGCCGGAUAAUCCAUCCAGUAAUAGCUGAACUAUCUACGGAAUAUGAUGGAAAGCUCAAGUGCUUCAAAUUGAAUACUGAUGAAAGUCCUUCUACCACAACCAAGUAUGGAAUUCGAAGCAUCCCUACAAUCAUGAUCUUCAAAAACGGGGAGAAGAAAGAUGCAAUUAUUGGUUCUGUGCCUAAAACCACACUAAUUUCCAAUAUGAAGAAAUUCUUAUAGAGGAGGGUAACAUAAAUCCUUUGAAAGGAUUAAACUUUUUUAUGUUCUCAAGUUGUUUUCUUUUUGUGAAUUUUGAAUAAAAGUUAUCUCAUAGUCGUGUAGUCUUGGUUA